GGGCCGUUGCCAGGAGACGGCGCGCGCGGGCCAUGGCUGCUCGCGACAGCGCGGGACAGUACGAGGAUGCCUUCCGCCCCCCCCGUCUGCAGAACUGGGGCGUGCCCAGGCCCGGCCGCCAGCGCCCCUCGCCGCGGGAGUGCCCCACGCAGAUCAUCGCCAAUGACCGAGGCCACCUGCUGCCCACCGUGCCCCGGUGCCAGGCCUCCCCGUGGGGCACGUUCGUGGGGACGUGGGACAUGCCCCCGCGGAUCCCCCCGGCCCGGCUGGACCUCACCGCCCGCUCGGCCGCCGCCGCCGCCCGGCUGCUGCAGCGCAGCCUCCAGCCCUCGGCGCUGAGCCGCGCCCGCAACGGCCUCCGCACGCAGGUCACCGGCAAGGUCCGCGACCCCCGCCGGGCUCCCCCUCCCAGGGUGGGCUCACGGUCGCCAGCCGGCAGGAGGGAAGCGCUGGGAGGGGGUUUCCAGGGCCGGGGAUGCUCCACGAGUGGAUUUGGGGGGGGGGGGCGUGGGGGGGUUUGA